AGCCAAGCCCUCUUAAGUACCCUUUCUCAUCUGUUCUGAAAGCUAGCUACAGUACGUUCUGCUACUUUCCAACAUCGCCAAACAUGGCCAGCAAGUUGGCUCCUGCAGGUUCUGUCCCCCAACUGAUCAAAAGUGACCGCGGAAACAUGUCCUUGUCUUCUGACGACACGAUGAACCAAAUUCUGGCAACUCAUACUACUGGUCAAUGCCGCGAGGUUGAUGUUAAACCUCUCCUCGACGUCGUGGAGGACAUCCUCCGCCGCUCCACCCUCUAUGAUGGUACUCAAAAGGAAAACAUGGAAGACAAAACCCAUCAAGCCGGUGUCGUUCCCAUGCUUGACUCACUGUCAUGUAGUACUAUUGAAAAGAUCUCCUGCGAGAUGGAAUGCAAAUGUUUGAGCGGAGCGGAAGGACACGCAACAAUACUCCGUCUGUUUAAUGCGCUAUCGGGCUAUUCAUGGGAGGCUAAGCUGGUGCUAACCUUGGCAGCUUUUACUUCGAAAUAUGGGGAAUUCUGCCUCCUUUGCCAGAUUUACUCAUCAAACCAACUUGCAAAAUCAUUGGCAAUCCUUAGGCAAUUACCUAUCCUCAGGGAGCACUGAGGCUCAUUAAAAUUGCGGUUUGAUGAAAUUAACAAUCUCAUCAGGACCAUUUUGGAUAUGACAAGAUGUAUUGUGGAGUUCAAGGAUCUACCAUAUCCAUAUAUCUACAUCACAAAGGAUUUACCGGCAUUGUCCACCGCCACAGCCACUAUCCCAACUGCUGUCUAUUGGGCCAUUAAAGGCGUCGCUGUUUGUGCAGAUCAGAUUAUCAAUCUCAGUACCAAUGGCCACAACUUACAAGAGUCAUCGGAACUAUCUACCUUGACUGACAUGAUCAGCAAAAUACUCGACCAUCUUAAGAAGCAACUGACAACUUGCUACCAAUACAUAGAGGAUAAGAAGAAGGUUGACGCACUGCAGCAUUUAUUUGAAUUAAUGAUCCACACUGACAAGAUGGAAGUUCUCAAAGCCAUAAUUUGCCCCAAGGAUGAUCAGCUACCACUCCUUGAUGGUGAAAAGAAAAGGGCGAACCUUGAAAUUCUGAGGAAGAAGAAUGUGUCAUUGUUGAUAUCGGGUCUAGAAAUCUCCCAGGAAGAGAUUACGGAACUAGAGCAGAUUUACAAGGACUCGAAGAAGAAUGCAUAUGAGGUAGUGUGGAUUCCAAUUUUGGAACAUUGGGCUGACUCCAUGCAGGAACAGUUUGAGAGCCAGCAGACCAAAAUGCCCUGGUUGUCAGUGCACCCUUCAUUCAUCGAGAAGCCGGUCAUCUGGUUCAUCAAGGAGAAAUGGCACUUCAGGAACAAGCCUAUACUUGUGGUGGUCGACGCACAAGGAAAGGUGGUGAACCCUAAUGCAAUCCACAUGAUGCGGAUAUGGGGAAGUAAUGCCUUCCCUUUCACUAGCUCGAAAGAGGAAGCUCUUUGGAAGGAAGGGGUUUGGAGACUUGAAUUGCUCCUCCAUGGCAUUGACCAAACAAUUCUGAAUUGGGUAAAAGACGGCAAAUACAUAUUCUUGUAUGGAGGGGAUGACAUUAAAUGGAUUCGAGAAUUUACAAAAAAGGCACGCAAUUUGGCAGAGAAUGCUGACAUCCCAUUACAAAUGGUAUAUUUGGGAAAGAGCGCCAAAAGGGAGAAAGUCCCGGGCGUAAUCAAAACCAUCAGGGACGAGAAACUCAGCUACUGCUGGCAAGAGAUGAUGGUCACGAUAUCAUUUUUCUGGACCCGUCUACAGAGCAUGUUGUUCUCCAAGAUUCGACUAGGCAGCGUCGAUGACAGUGAACCCAUGAUGGAGGAGAUCAAGAAAAUCCUGAGCUACGACAAGAGCGGUGGUUGGGCCGUGCUGACCAAAGGAUCAUCCGUGGUGCUCAACGGGCACAGCAGCACAGUGUUGCUUGCAUUGUCGGAUUAUGAUUUAUGGAAGAAGCAAAUACCUGAGAAAGGAUUCGAUAGGUCGAUUAAGGAGUACUAUGACAAGCAUCAUGGUCCGGCUCAUCCGUGCUGUCGCUUCGACUUUUCGAGCACUCUCGGGUGGAUUCCGGAGAAUAUGACAUGCCCAGAGUGCCGCCGCAAUAUGGAGAAGCACUUUGCUUUUGUCUGCUGCCAUGACGAAAGUGCUGCAAGCGCACAAUAUUGAGUCAUUUACGUGUAUUUUCAUGAAGUACUUCAAACUGGACGCUAUAGUGCAUGAACUACAAUAAUCAUAUAUAUAUGUGAACUAUGUAUGUCGUGUGAGCUUAGUUUUAUCUGUUUAGUAGGAUUUCAAUGAGUGAUGCUAAAGCUCUGAUGCUUUUAAAUAAGGCUAUCGGUGUGAUAUUGUAUUCGCACAAUAUAUAAUGAUAAGCUAAAUGGUGUUUUAUGAUUAA